GCCACGCCCCGGACAGAGCAUGUCCAAGCCACUGCCCGGCCAGCAGGCCCCUGGGCUAGGCCAGCUUGGGCUUCUGCUCAGAGCAGAGGGGCGACCUUCCAGGGAGGGGCUCAGAUUGUCUGCCGCCCCCCCCUUAAAUCGAUCCGCAUUUGUGAAGCUUGUUCCUCGUGCGGGACACCAGGCGCUGUUCAGGAGCCCGCAGGGGCCCAGGAGUAGACGCGGGAAAUCCGCGGGGCGAGGCGCCCCUCCCGGCCGGUGUCCAAGCACCGCCCCUCCCGGCGUCGGAGGGGCCGAUAGGCUGCAGGCCGGGGGCUGGUCUCCGGGGCGGGGCGGCGGAGCCAGACCUCUUCCCCCGCGCGGAGCCGCCUCUGCCAGCGCGGCGUCGGUAGACCCUGGACCCCGGACCCCAGACCUCGGGCCCCGUGCGCGCCCUGUUCUUGGCCAGGACCCCAGUGUACGCCCCCCGAGCGCGCCCCGGCCAUGCGUGGCCUGGGGCUCCCGCUGCUCGCCCUGUGUCUGCUAGUGGCAGCCCCCAGCAGCCCACUGCCCCACGUGGAGCAGUACGAGGUGGUGUGGCCCCGACGCCUGCCAGCACCCCGUGCCCGUGCCCGCCGAGCUCUGCCCUCCCACCUGGACCUGUACCCGGAGAGCGUGAGCUACGUCCUUGGGACCCAGGGGCACAACUUCACCCUGCACUUGAGGAAGAACAGGGACCUGGUGGGCUCGGGCUACACGGAGACCUACAGGGCUGCCAAUGGCUCCCAGGUGGUGGAGCAGCGACAGAGGCAGGGUCACUGCUUCUACCACGGCCACGUGCAGGGACACCGGCACUCCGCCGCCAGCCUCAGCACCUGUGUGGGCCUCAGGGGCUUUUUCCGGGCUGGCUCGGAUGUCCACGUGAUCGAGCCCCUGGACAGGGGUGGCGAAGAGGGGCGGCACGCGCUGUACCGGGCGGAGCAUCUGCAACAGAAGCUUGGGACCUGUGGGGUCAGCGACACCAGCUUGGAGCAAGCCUUGGGGCCUCGGACCUCAGCAGCCUUCAGGCCCCGGAACGGGCCGUUGCCCCGAGACACCCGCUAUGUGGAGCUGUAUGUGGUCACCGACAGCGCAGAGUUCCAACGGCUGGGGAGCAGAGCCGCCGUGCGCAGACGGGUGAUGGAGGUGGUGAACCACGUGGACAAGCUUUAUCAGGAGCUCAAUUUCCGUGUGGUCCUGGUGGGCCUGGAGAUAUGGAGCCAAGAGGAUGAGAUUCAGGUGAGCUCGAACCCCGACACCACGCUGGACAACUUCCUGCGGUGGCGGACGCAGAGCCUGGUGGGACGGCACCAGCACGACAACGCACAGCUCAUCACUGGCGUUAAGUUCACCGGGACCACCGUGGGACUGGCCAAGGUGUCGGCCAUGUGCUCCCAGGACUCAGGGGCUGUGAACCAGGACCACAACCUAGAGAACCCUGUCGGUGUCGCAUCCACCAUGGCCCACGAGAUGGGCCACAACCUGGGCAUGGACCAUGACGAGAACGUCCAGGGCUGUUACUGCCCCGUGCCACGGGAGGGCGGAGGCUGCAUCAUGGCGGCCAGCAUCGGCUCUAAGUUCCCCAGGAUGUUCAGCCAGUGCAGCCGCGCCGACCUGGAGAUGUUCGUGGAGGAACCUCGCACAGCCUGCCUGGCCAACGCCCCGGACCCCAGCCGGAUGGUGGGCGACCCUGUGUGCGGGAACCAGUUUGUGGAGCGUGGGGAGCAGUGUGACUGCGGCCCGCCCCAGGCCUGUCGGAACCCCUGCUGCAACGCCACCACCUGCCAGCUGGCCGCAGGGGCCCAUUGUGCCCAGGGUGCUUGCUGCCAGGACUGCAGGGUGACGCCUGCCGGUGAGCUGUGCCGUCCCCCAAAGGAUGUGUGUGACCUUGAGGAGUACUGUGAUGGUCAGCGGCCAGUGUGCCCGGAGGACGUCUUCCAGGAGAACGGCACACCCUGCCCAGGGGGCUACUGCUACAAUGGGGUCUGCCCUGCGCUGGCCCAGAGGUGCCAGGACCUGUGGGGGCCAGGCUCGCAGGUUGCCAAGGAAACAUGCUACACCUACAGCAUCUCCCCAGGCUGCCAGGGCAGGCCCGCGUAUGGUUCCGGCAGGGUCGACAUGUGUGGCACUCUAUACUGUGAGGGCGGACGGAAGCCGCCGGAGCGGAGUUCCUGUACCCUCACCUUGCGUACGGGCACCUGCCAGGCUCUCGCCCUGGAGGGAGGUGCUGCAUAUGAGCCAGUGCCGGAAGGCACCAAGUGCGGCGAGGAGAGGGUUUGCUGGAAAGGACUCUGCCAGCACCUGCACGUUUACAGAUCCAUAAACUGCUCUGCCCAGUGCAACAACCACGGGGUGUGCAACCACAAGGGAGCGUGCCACUGCCACCCAGGCUGGGCCCCGCCCCACUGCACAGAGCUGCUGCCCCACGUGCACACAGGGUCCAGGAGCCUCCUGGUGGGCCUGCUGGCAUCUGUGGUGCUGCUGGUGGCUCUCCUGGCAGGCGUGGUCUUCUACCGAAAGGCCUGGAACCGAGGCUCUGGGAGGAGCUCAGUGCCCAAGACUGCCAAGGGGCUCUCCAACCCCCUGUUCCAUGAGGGGCCCAGUGUGCCAGCCAAGGGUGGGGCUCCAGCCGCCACCAGCCAGCCCACCAGGCCCAUGGUCUCCAGGACGACCCCUAAGCAGCCGCCCCCUGCUCCUCCAGUUACCAUGUCCAACCCACCCUUCACCAUUCCUGUGUACACCCGGCCGCCCCCAGACCAGCUCAGACCUCCUCCUCCUGCCAAGCGCCUCCCUGAGCUGAAGCCCAAGCAGGGUGUGAAGCCGACCUUCCCACCCCCGAUGCCUCCAGUCAAGCCUGGGACGGGAAGGGCCACCCCUGGACUCGUGCAGGGCGCCGCGGGUGCGAAGGCGGCUCCGAGGCCCCCGGUGCAGCGGAGGUGACGCGGGAACUGCGGACAUCGGCCCACGGCCCGGGUGGGGACCGCGGUGCCCUCCCCGCAGGUUUCGGGUCGGGCGGCCCCCGCCCCCCGUCCCCGGGGACCCGUCGGGCCUGAGGAGCGCGCGCAGAGGAGCCACGGCCGGCCGCCCCCCUCCCGGGACCCCCCGCGCCCCCUUCCCGGGACCCCCCCCCCCGGCGUCCCGCACCCCGAGGGGCCCCCGCGCCGGCAGCGGGCCCGGAGCUGCCGUGAAGUGUUUUCGGACCAAGUCACCGACCGGGUCUGAGCGGUCGGGACCGUCAUUAAAUCGACGCGGGACCGUG